AUGGAACAGCUAAAGUUGAUUUGUAAAGUGACUGAGCCUACUGAGUGGGUAAACCCAAUGCUGGCUGUUCAAAAAGCGGGUGGUGACGUACGCAUCUGUCUCGACCCGUUGGAUCUUAACAAAGUGAUAAAGCGCCAACACUAUCCGGUGCCUACGGCACAGGAAUUAUUUGCCCGAAUUGGAAAGGCAAAGUUUUUCUCAACGCUCGACGCAACGUCGGGGUUUCUGCAAAUUCCCCUGUCGGAAGAGUCCAGUUUUGUUACGACCUUCGCCACUCCAUUUGGACGAUAUCGUUUUCUUCGUCUACCAUUCGGUAUUUGCUCAGCCCCAGAGGUUUAUCAGCAGGCGAUGAUACAGUUGUUUGGAGACCUCAGCGGUGUGGAGAUCUACUUUGACGAUUUCUUCGUUUGGGGCGAAACACGAGAAGAACACGAUGACCGUUUGAAAGCCGUGUUUGACAGGUGUGCACAAGUCAAUUUGAAAUUGAAUGCCACCAAGUGUAAGUUUUUGCAGUCGGAACUUCCCUGGAUCGGACACAUCAUCUCCUACCAACAGUUGAAGCCGGAUCCCGAUAAAAUUGAAGCCAUCCGUGCGUUUCCAGAGCCUGCUUCGAAGGAAGAUCUCCAGCGACUGUUGGGUAUGGUAAAUUAUUUGGCAAAGUUUUGUGAGCAUUUAUCGUCGAUCACCAAACCGUUGCGAGAUCUGCUCAAACAUGAUGUUGAGUGGGUUUGGGACGCAGCGAGCACGAAAACGUUCCAGGCCGUCAAGGAUUUGGUAAUUUCGGCACCCACCCUGAAGCUUUUUGUUCCGGCUGCUCCAGUGACUGUGUCGGUGGAUGCCUCUCCUUUUGGACUUGGGGCGGUCUUGCUGCAAGAUGGCCAGCCAGUAGAGUUUGCGUCUCGAACACUGACCGAGACUCAGCGCAGGUAUGCGCAAAUUGAAAAGGAGCUUCUUGCCGUGCAGUUUGGAAUGCAGCAUUUCCAUCAUUAUGUUUAUGGGAGUCAUGUUUUAGUAGAAACCGACCACAAGCCCCUCAUUGGUCUGGUUGACAAGCCCAUUGGCUUAUGCACUCCUCGGAUUCAGCGAAUGCGCCUUCAGCUCCAAGGGUACAGCUACCAGUUGUGCUACAAGCCGGGUAAGGAAUUGUACCUUGCUGACACCUUAAGCAGAGCGCCGGACCCUCGAGAAUAUUCAGGUGAUCAGUCUCAAUGUCAUGAUGAACAUGUCCACGCUGUCCUCAGUUAUGUCAUCCCGGGUCCAACGAUUCAAGAAAAGUACGCUCGAGCCACGGAAGCUGAUUCGACCCUGCAGUUGAUCGUCGGACUCGUUAACAACGGCUGGCCUAAGCACAAGCGUGAUUGUCCGGUUCCGGCGAAGCCGUAUUGGUCUGAACGGGCAAAUUUGUCGACGGCCCGUGGCUUACUUCUUCGGGGGCAGCAAGUGGUUGUGCCAUACAGCCUUCAACGUGAAAUUCUAGCUAACGUCCAUGACGGACACUUCGGUGAAACCAAGUCCUUGGAAAGAGCAAAAUCCGCCGUCUUCUGGCCGGGAUACGUGGAGCAGAUUCGCAACCUUGUCGCUGGAUGCAGUAUUUGUCAGGAAAGAAGAAACCACAAUUCGGCACAGCAGUAUUAUCCGGCAGAAGUCCCGGAACACCCUUUUCAAAAAUUAGCAACGGAUUUCUUCCAGCUUGCUGGAAAACAUUAUCUUUUAACAGUCGAUUAUUUUAGCAAGUGGCCGUGUGUGGUUGAAAUGUCGUCGACUACCAGCUCUGUCACCAUUCGAGAGUUGGAGAAAAUUUUCUCUGAUUUCGGCGUCCCGGAAACUCUAGUGUCUGAUAACGGGCCACAGUUUGGCAGUGCCGAGUUUCGCGAGUUUUCCCGCCAGCAGCAGUUCUCCCAUGUCACGUCAAGCCCGUUCUAUCCUGAAUCCAACGGCUUCGUUGAACGGUCGGUUCAGACCGUCAAGUCUUCGUUUAUAAAAGCCAUUGAGAGCGGCCGCUCUCUUCAAGCCGCAGUCCGUGCUAUUCGCUCCACUCCAGUUGGUGGUGGCCUCCCGUCUCCGUCCGUCCUGCUUCAGUCUCGUCAUUUGAGGGGUAGUCUGCCUUUUGUGCCAGCCGCACUCAAGCAUCAGCGUAUCAACAGUGAUGCAGUAGAGGAACUUUUAAAACGCCGACAGGAUAAAAUGCUGUUUCAUCAGUCGUCCGCCGUUUCCAAACGGUAUCCGGUUUUGUCAGUUGGCCAACGUGUUCGUGUUCGCGUCGGGAAAAAAUGGAUUCCUGGUGUAGUGAAGAUAGUGUGUCAACAGCCGGAUUCCUACGUCGUCAGCACCAGUGAUGGAAGUGAGUUUUGCCGGAAUCGCAGGGCGAUCAACGUUUGCCGUAGUCAGCAAAGCGGAGGUCCAGCAACUCCUCCCACAGUCAACCAGCGGGCCCCUGCAGCAGGGCCCAGCAGAAGACCAAGAGUUUCGUUCAUAUUUCCGUCCUUCUCCCUGUCUAAUUCAGCUGCUAAUUCAGCAGUAUCCGUUCGCGCUCCGAUGAAUGUUCCAGUUCCCGGCCCGGCGACAAGCAACGUGGUGGCACCCGUCUUGUCUUUACCGCCAACUCGCCCAGCGGUGUCUGCGCAUGCUGAGCCGAUCCGUCAGGCCAUUUCUCCCGGCAUUACCAGGGAAUCACGCAAGCCUAGAGAGUGGCCGCCACGCUCACGCUCGAGCGCGAGGUUGGCCGCGAAGAACAGGCGGAGUGUUUCGCACAGCCCAGCCAGGUCGACGGCAAGUAAUCCGACCUCAACGCUCGAUCCUGCCCAGCUAGCAAUGGUUCCUCCUUCGGAAGUUCCCGGCAGUCCCCUGGACCCUGUUCAAGAUUGUCAAGAGGCGGCGGUUCCAGCUAACUACGACUAA